AUGUUGAACAUCGUAUAUUGUGUAUCAGUUCAGUCCAAUCCGACGACUCGUAGAGUGACUUGGUGUCGCUGAUUAUCAGUUUUAGUUCGUGCUCGUGUUUCUAUAUCGUGCAAUGUAAUGUGUUCACACAGUUUGCUCAUCAGCUCCAUAUUCAUUUAUAUACAUACAUAUAUACAAAACAUUACCAUCUCAAACUCAAGAUAAUGUCUUCCCGUAGCUCCAAUAUCAUCUCACUCUAACACGCUAAUGCUUAAUCGGUCCGUUCUAUUUAUCACCGAUUAAGCGCUUUUCAUCAUUAAUUUUUAAUUGCAAAGUUUGGCGGUGAGGAGAAGAGGACGAAAAAUAAUAAAAUAACCGAGAGCCCAAUCGGUCUGUCCGACGGGGGGUGACGAUUAUAUGAUUGUGUCAGUUUAAGAAACACGCGUUGUAUUAUAUAUAUGUGAAAAAAAAGAUCAACGGUUUUAUUUAACGAGCCAAAUUAGUAUUAAUAAAAUGAGGCCCUGGACGAAUAAAACGGUGGCGCUGGGUGUCGUCGGAUUAAUUUGUUUAAUUAUUGGUACAUUAUUAAGUUGUAUGUGGCCGCUUGUCUUCGAGGGAAUCCUCAGAAAAGAAUUACCAUUAACGCCAAAUUCGCGGGGAUUUGAACUUUGGAAAGAUACCGAUAAACUUCCAUUGUUUAUUGACUUCUAUUUAUUCAACUGGACUAAUCCAGAUGAGCUGAGAGAAAAAGGAAAGAAGCCAAACUUUGUACAAAUGGGGCCAUAUAGUUUUAGAGAAAGGAGAGUGAAGGUAAACGUAGUAUUCCAUCCAGAAAAUAGUACUGUAAGUUAUGACCAAAUGAAAUAUUGGUAUUUUGAUGCAGAGCGUAGUAAUGGAACACUAAAGGAUAGAGUUAUCGCUUUAAACACCGUUGCAGUUUCGGCCGCUCAUACAAUAAGAUACUGGAACCCGAUGAUGCAAGGAACGCUGUCAUACUUACUAACAUCGUCGAAAAUUUUCAUUAAUAAGACUGCAGGCGAGUUAUUAUUCGAGGGAUACUCAGAUCAAAUAAUAUCAAUGGGUUCAUUAAUGGCGAGUGACGAUUUCGAAGUUCCACCUUUCGACAAAUUUGGCUGGUUUUACAUGAGAAACGGAUCGACGUACUUCGACGGGCAUUUCAAUGUAGCAACUGGAGAGGAUGAUUUGACUAAUUUGGGGGUGGUCAAAUUAUGGAAUUAUAAAGAUACAAUUAAGAACUUUCAUACACCUUGUAAUGCUGUUGAAGGCACUGCCGGAGAAUUUUGGCCACCAAAACGCGGCACUGAAGAUAUCAGUAUUUGGACUGGCGAAUUGUGCAGACCACUAACAUACGAAUACUCCGAAGACGUAAUACACAAAGGAAUAAAAGGCUACAAAUUUUCAUUGGGAGAAAAAACUCUAGGAAACGACACCAAACGCCAGUAUCCCCACGAACAAGCUAAAUAUUUUGAAAAAAUAACAACGACUGAAGACUUCUUCAGCGCAGAUCUAACAACGCCUCGCAAUGAAAAUAUAAACGAAGAUAAUCCGGAUGUAGUAAAUAUUGGCCAGUGCUACUGCAAUGGAGAGUGUACACCAAUGGGAUUAAUGAACAUAACAGCCUGUCGUUUUGGAGCCCCUGCAUUCGUAAGUCUUCCACAUUUCCACAAAGCGGACCCGGUUCUGAGGAAUCAAAUCAGCGGAAUGAACCCCCAGGAUGAUAUUCACAAUUUUUACGUCACCUUGGAACCUAAAACGGGAAUUCCGCUGGAUGUUGGUGCUAGGUUGCAAAUAAAUAUUCUCCUCCAACCUUCUUUGACGAUAAGCUUCUUCGAAGACAUGCCGAAAAUUUUCUUCCCUAUGUUCUGGUUCAAUGUCCGGGGUGGAGUUACUGAUGAAAUGGCUGGAGGGUUGAGACAAUUGCUGAUGCUACCGACUUCUGGGCUCUAUGGCAGUCUUAUUAUGGCUACCAUUGGAGCUACGUUCAUUGUGAUUGUUAUUAUUAUACAGUUUAUACGGACCAGCCCGCCAUUGCCGGGAAAAUCGAGAAGAGUGCAAGCAACCAACGGCACUAAAACAGAGCUUGUUUACAUGGACACAACGACGCCUCUUGACGAUCACGAGCGAAGUGAUCGGCCGUUGGAACCCAAAAAUUGAUUUGUUAUUUAAGACCAAGUGAUAAAUUUAAUUUAGUUUAAGUAAAAGACAAUAGCUUAUGAAUUCAAGGCCCGUAUUUAUGUGACGUGUCAGUAAAAAUACUUGACCAAGUUUAUUAUUUUUAUUUUUUUUUUUUUUUAUUAUGAUUAGUAUAAUGGUUAAUAUUACUAAUCAAGGUUGCUAUGAAUUAAAUUUUUUUACU